GUCAAGAUAUGAACUCGACCUACCGAAAGGAAAAACUCUAUUAUGCACCCAAACCUUUAUACGUGGAAGUUGCUUUUAGCUUUGCAUUAAUUGUUCUAGGAAAUUUCUUUGCAAGUUCGAAGAUGUCAACAAACAACUCUUUUCAUUAGCAAAAGCUCAAGCUCAACAUAGAAGGCCACACAGUCUUGUUUGAGAGAGAGAGAGCUCAUCAUGGAAGUGACCCAUGAGAGCAGAAGAGAGAAUUUGGUGCCACAAGAUGUUGAAUCAGCAUCGAGAAGUGAAAUGUCAUCUGGGUCUUGGAGGCUGAGUGUGCGAGAGUUUCCAGCACUUAGUGAAAGUAGAGGUGGUGAUCAUCAGCAUGGUUUCUUCACUCUCAGCAGCUUUCUUCAUGCCCCAAGGAAACGAAGAAAGGUUUCUGAUUAUUAUAAGAAACAAGAAAGACUCCUUGAAGGGUUUACUGAGAUUGAGACCAUGGCUGAAAAUGGUGGUAUGCCUGGAAGUCUAACAGAGGAUGAGAUGCAGCAGCUUGCGAAGAGUGAGAGGAUGGCUAUCUAUUUGUCAAACAUAGCUAACAUUGUGCUCUUUGUGGCAAAACUCUAUGUUUCUAUUCAAAGCAGAUCAUUGGCGGUUAUUGCCUCAACAUUGGAUUCACUCUUAGACCUCUUGUCAGGGUUUAUAUUGUGGUUCACAGCCCAUGCCAUGAGAAACCCAAACCAGUAUCGUUAUCCAAUUGGAAAAAACCGUAUGCAGCCAGUGGGAAUCAUUGUUUUUGCUUCGGUAAUGGCAACUCUUGGAUUACAAAUUCUGCUUGAGUCUGGUCGACAAUUCAUGGCGAAGACCCAGCCUGAAAGGGAUCCUGAGAAGGAGAAAUGGAUGAUUGGGAUAAUGGUCUGUGUAACCAUAGUGAAGUUUAUGCUUGUGGUCUAUUGUCGAAGGUUUAAAAAUGAUAUCAUUAGAGCCUAUGCUCAAGAUCAUUUUUUCGACGUUAUUACUAAUUCAAUUGGUUUGGCAGCAGCCAUCUUGGCCAUUCGAUAUUAUUGGUGGAUUGAUCCUACUGGAGCUGUUAUGAUAGCACUAUAUACAAUGAAUACAUGGACGAAGAUAGUCAUUGAGAAUGUCUGGGCACUGAUUGGAAGGACAGCACCGCCUGAAUUUUUGGCAAAGCUAACAUAUCUGAUAUGGAACCACCAUGAAGAUAUCAAGCACAUUGACACAGUAAGAGCAUACACUUUUGGUUCAAAUUAUUUUGUGGAGGUUGACAUAGUUUUGCCACAAGACAUGCUUUUGAACAAAGCUCAUGAUAUUGGUGAGUCGCUGCAAGAAAAACUUGAGCAACUCCCUGAAAUUGAGCGAGCUUUUGUACAUAUAGAUUUUGAGUAUUCUCAUAGGCCUGAACACAAGAUUGGGGUUUGAUGACAAUGAUGAUGAUGACAGCAGUAACGAUCAGAGCUAAGCCUUUCCAGAGUAAAAGGGUGAGUUGCUGAUUUAGUUAAUAUGUGAUGUGAUUCUAUUGUAACCAGUUGUGAACCUGCGCAAUGUGCGAGUAAGUACCAACUUAUAAAAUAGAUUUUGACAAACUUUAUCUUUUGAAGUUUUCAUUAUCUUACCGGUUGUGUUAGUGAAACUCUCCUGUAUUAAA